CCCAGCACAGUCAGUUCUUUCUUCGCAUCCAAUCGGCUCUGAUCGCUUCCGCAAGUAGCAUUUGCUGGAAAGGAUCUGGUCACCUUCCCUCGAGAACAAGUGCGUGUUUUGUGAGUGUGUAAAGGCUCCGAGAAAGCAGUUUACCGCAAAAGCUGUGCUUAGUGAACCCCAAUAGUAACACCGGUCAACAUGUUCAGAUUUAUUCUUCUAUCAACGUUGCUGGUCGCCGCGACGGCGCAGUACAACGGUGGCUACCACCGGGACCCGAAGACGGCCGCCAUCCUCAGCGAGCAGCGGUAUCUGUCCGGUGAUGGCAAGUUUGGUGCCGCCUACACGCAGGAGGACGGUACCGACUUCAAGGAGGAAACCGAUGCCGAUGGUAACCGUCGCGGUUCGUACAGCUACGUCGAUCCGACCGGACAGCGUCGUACCAUCUCCUACGUUGCGGGCAAGAAUGGCUUCCAGGCCUCCGGUGACCAUCUUCCGGUAGCCCCACCAGCACCACCACAGCCUGCCCCGCAGCCCCAGUACCAGCCGCAGCCACAGUACCAGCCGCAGCCGGCGUACAACGGUGGCCGUAGCUACGACGACGAUGGCCAGUACGACCCGCGCUGGAACGACCCCAACUUCAGCCAGAACCAGUACUCUGCUCCGGCUCCGGCACCGGCCCCCGCCCCGGUCCACAACUACCAUGCCGCGCCGGCUCCGGUCGCCCCGGUGCCACAGUACAACCAGCACAACUACGCCCCGCAGCCACAGCAGGCACCGGCCUGGACCACCACCCCGGCACCGCACCGCUUCCAGCCACCGGGCAAGCUGCAGCUGAACCGAACCCCGGACGGCUACAGCUACACCUUCAACAAGGUUUAAGAAGCGUCUCGCAAAGCAAGCAAACAACCCGAUCGGUCGCCUAACGCGCAACGGCAUCCCCCAAUGUGUCCCCUGCAAGUCACCAAACUUUUUGAACCUCGUUCUCCCCCCCCCUCUCCCCCUCUAUUCUGCGCCUUUGCCUACAUUUGGUGCGGCCAUUGCGCGAUACGCGUCCGGCCAAAGAGCGUGUUGCGCGUCCGCGCGUGUAUGUGUGAGUGUGAGUGUUAUUUAGCCGAAGUAAGCGUUACUUUGCCUGUUUGUGAUAUGUAAGCGUUUGUAAAUUGUAGACGAUCCCUUAACCCUCCUUCCCCCUCAAUGCCCCAACCUUCCUCCAAUCCUCCACCUCCCCCCCCCUCCCUUUUUUGCGUGAAGCGUGUGUGUGUCUGUACAGAGAGUCGUCAGAGGUUCUUGUGGGUAAUCUGGACCUUGGGAGUUGGUUGCGCGUCUUCAAGGCUUCUCUUCCAGCAGCUCUGCAGGUGCGCUUAUGCUGGAACCGUGCCCAGAGCGAACAACGACUCUCAAGGCUGUAUCCCACAGAACGGUUGUAGGGCGGGGGAGGGAGAGAAGAGAAAAAACGCAAGUAUUUGUUAGACAACAAAAAAACAACCAACAACACAGUUCCAAGAUGACAGGGAGACUAUGGUAGAUAGAGAAGAGAAAAAAUCUGUUUUAAAAAAAUGAACAUAAUUGAAAACAAUUCCACGAAAUAGACAAGAAUUCACAACUAUCCCAAAAAGAACAAAA